AAGUCUAACUGUGGGUGGAGAGAGGCAGCAUGCAUAAAUAAUUCAGUGUGUAUGUGUGUGCUGUCAGACUGCAGCAGUUACACAAGAGUUGUCGGACUUCUCUGUGUCUACUUGCUGUCCGUCCAUCUGCUUUUACAACAGCACAAACUGACCCACACAGGUACGGCUGACCUCAGAGCAGCGUGCACAAACCUGAUGUCCUGACAUUUAUUAAAGUCUGAACCUCUGGAUCAUGGCAGAGAGUCCACAAGAGCGAAGCCCAGGGGUUUUAAGUCGUAUCGGCAGCUGGCUAUUGUGGGGUUGGGGCAGCCCACCGGCGAGUGGAGAUGUGCCAUCAUCCAAAACACGACAGAACAGUCAAGAGGAGGCAUCAGACGAGGACAGCAAAGAAACCAGCUCACCUGCCCCCGCCACUGAGAGAAACCAUUGUUUAGCAGUAGAGGAUCACACCCCUAUCCCAUCAGAGAUAAGCCCCUCCCUUACCUGGAAUGCCAAACAUUUGAGAAUCGAUUCUGCAGGAGGGGGAGGGUCGAGGGGACAAACCUCUGAGGUGUAUCUGGAGGAGACAGGUGAAGACACAGAUCUUCUCAUUCACACCAGCAAAAACAGUCAAUCACUUAAAAGAAGAGAGCCAAAUAUCUCUCUCUCAGAACCAACACCAUCACAGGUUGACCUCCUUGACCAAGAGGAGCCAGACCAAAUGGGACGGAGAAGGUCUGGAAAGAAGAGGAGGGGCUCUCAGGGAGAUGGGGGUGGGGCUAAAUCAAAAUCACCAACCACGAGUCAGCCCAGCAGCCCUGCAAUAACCAGUUGGGCAAGAAGCCCGGAGACGUUGUGGGCUGAGUCAGAAUUUGAGGAGGCGCCAAAAACCGUUUGCGAAUGCUCCCAAGGGGAAGCGCCAAACUCACCUGAAGCAGGUAGCUACGAAGAUACAGUACAAAGAGAAUGGGCAGAAGCACACCUGAGUGAGGACAUCGUUGAACCCUUGGACUCUCCGGACGGCCCUGUCAGCUACACACUGACCUCUCUUACUGAUUCAGACAUGGAUGAGGACACUGUUGUCAGACUGACAGAAACUCCUGAGUCCAAACGCAGAAGUGUCAAAGUUUCUCACAGUGAAAAGUUUUUCGCUAAGAAGGUUUUUGUCACCUCUAAGACCCCUACAGAGGAUCAACACGAAAAGUUUAAGAGAGCCGAAGAAACGACGGACCUUGGCCUGACGAAGACUGAAGACAGGGCAAGAUCUUCGGAAAACAGGCAGGAUGGCAAGGCGAAGGGCCGAAUUGCAGACAAAAUCAGUUUGUUUGAAGGCCAAGCAACCAGUACAGCUAGGAGCACCACAAACCCAAGGCUUCUCGACAAUACACCAGCACGAAAUGUGACGAGUCACCUCAAACAGUUUACAGAACCUGCAAGUACACAAGCCGGUUCCACCAUUCCAAAGCAAUCGAUUAAAGAGCGGGCACUGAAUUUCAGCACAGGUCAGAAGGGGGACGAGAAGUUUACACUGCCAUCUGGGACGUCGGUGGUAUCUGGGAAAACAUCAAAUGGUGGACAUUUAAAAACAGUUGGUUAUACUGAAACAUCUCAGGUUUUACAAUCUACAGCAAAACCAUGUACCAACAGAGAAAAACCUAAGGUUAAAUCCAAACCUUUUUCAAGCUCAGACCAAACAGACUCAAAAUCCCCCAAUGUAACAGAGAUCGUUUCUACGUUGUCAGAAAGCACAACUGACUUAAUAGCUGAGGGUAAAGGGGUGGAGAAAGAGAGUUGUUUUUUACCAUCUGAUGAGACCCAGCCGGUCAAAUCUCCGACUCGGACCGGCUCAAGAUCCAAAAAGCGAAGAAGCAAAGAUACGACUCAGCCGCUCAGCCCCACCAGCAAGAACAAACCAGAAUCAUUUCAGGAAGUGAAAGACAUAAAAAGCGAUUCAAUGCCCAAAAUCACAUCAAAACCUUUUACAAAUGAAAAAACCUCAGUUGAAAAAGAAAAAUCUAACAACUCUGUUGAGGAGAUUACAACUGUAAAACCUGAAAAGCAACCAGAAAUGUUAAGAGCAGCAGAUGUGGGGCAAAACACAGAAAAGACACUAGACACGGACCUAAAGAAGAUAAAAACUUUACAAGCGAUUGCUACGAUUUCCAAAGAGAUCAAAAGCAUGGAUGAGAAGGAGAGAAAGAAAAAGACUUUCGGCUUUAAAACUAAGACAGUGACCUCCACAUACGAAAUACAACCUUCACCACCUUCUGUAUAUGAGAAGAAAAACGCCCAAACUGAAAAUAGCUACAGUGAAGACCAGACAAAGCGAAAACACUCAGAAACCAAAGAGCAAGGGACAAACGGCAACAAGACUCCAGUGGUUCAGAAGAGCUCAGAAAGAGAGAGCUUGAAGAACAGAGGCACGAUUGUAAACAAAUUGUCUGAAGAACUAGUGAAACCAGAUCCAUCUGUGACAGAUGAAGAUCGGCCAUCAUCCCCAGAUCACCUGAAGAGAUCCAACUCUAAAAACUACUCUGAGUUAGCCAAUAGCAGCUCCAGGAAGGAUGUCAUGCAGAACAGAGAGAGUGAGACAGAUAUAAAGGUGUUACCUGAGAAACACGCCGCUACAUGUGUGUCGACAACAAGAAGAACCUGUAGCAUAAAUUCAAAUGAGGAACUAACCCAGUCGAAGCCAAGCCGCAAGAAUGAUGAGAAAGAUUGUUUAACUGAGACAACAAGUCAGAACAAAAAUAAAGAAAAUGUGACAAAAACAAUCCACCAAAGCACUAAGAGCAAAGAACAAACAGCAGCAGAUUUAAUGCAGGAGGGAAUCAAAUCCAGCACUGAAACUACAGGGGGAGACACUCCUAAAACCAACUCAGAAAUGACAUCUGUAGUGAAUAGAGAUGUAACAAAAAACAUACGUUGCUCUAGCGAUGAAAAAAGAGUUUAUGCAAUACAACCUAACAAAGAGAAUCCUUCUGUCAUUGAGAUGUAUACCUCAUUAUCCUCCAGAGCCAAUGAAUUAUUCACAGAGCAACCUGAUCAGGCCGAUGUGAAGAUCACUACUAAACCAGCAUUAACAGAUGAGCCACCUUUUAGUUUUUCAGCAUCACUUAAUGAAAAGACCACGCCUUCAACCUCAACUCCCAAAAAGGCCACACCUCCACAGGACUCAUUUAAGGAAAAGACCACGCCCCCACUGGCUUCAUCAGAUAGAACGACCACACGUACACCUGAAACAACUACGGAAACGGCCACACCCCCACAAGACUCAUUUAAGAAAAAGUCCACGCCCCCAUUGGCUUCAUCACUUAGAAUGGCAAUACCUCCACCAGCAUCAACUAUUGAAAAGCCCACACCUCAACUGGCUUCUUCUAAGGAAAAGCCUACACCUCCAUCAGCCAUAUUGGAUGAAAAAGCCACACCCUCAUCAGACUCAUUUAAGGAAAAGACCACACCCCCACAGGCUUCAUCAGAUAGAACGACCACACGUACACCUGAAACAACUAUGGAAAAGGCCACACCUCCACCAGACUCAUUUAAGAAAAAGUCCACGCCCCCAGUGGCUUCAUCACUUAGAAUGGCAAUACCUCCACCAGCAUCAACUAUUGAAAAGCCCACACCUCAACUGGCUUCUUCUAAGGAAAAGCCUACACCUCCAUCAGCCAUAUUGGAUGAAAAAGCCACACCCUCAUCAGACUCAUUUAAGGAAAAGACCACACCCCCACAGGCUUCAUCAGAUAGAACGACCACACGUACACCUGAAACAACUAUGGAAAAGGCCACACCUCCACCAGACUCAUUUAAGAAAAAGUCCACGCCCCCAGUGGCUUCAUCACUUAGAAUGGCAAUACCUCCACCAGCAUCAACUAUUGAAAAGCCCACACCUCAACUGGCUUCUUCUAAGGAAAAGCCUACAACUCCAUCAGCCAUAUUGGAUGAAAAGGCCAUACCCUCAUCAGUCUCAUUUAAGGAAAAGACCACAGCCACACAGGCUUCAUCAGAAAGAAUGACCACACCUACACCUGAAACAACUACUGAAAAGGCCACACCUUCACCAGACUUAUUUAAGAAAAAGUACACGCCCCCACCGCCUUCAUCAGAUAGAAUGACCACACCUAAAACAACUACUGAAAAGGCAACACCUCCACCAGCAUCAACUGUUGAAAAGACCACACCUCCACUAGCUUCUUCUGAGGAAAAGUCCACACCUCCAUCAGCUAUAUUGGAUGUAAAGGCCACACCCUCAUCAGUCUCAUUUAAGGAAAAGACCACACCCCCACAGGCUUCAUCAGAAAGAACGACCACAUCUACAUCUGAAACAACUACGGAAAAGGCCACACCUCCACCAGACUCAUUUAAGAAAAAGUCCACGCCCCCAUCGGCUUCAUCAGAUAGAAUGGCAAUACCUCCACCAGAUCCAACUAUUGAAAAGCCCACACCUCGACUAGCUUCUUCUGAGGAAAAGACCACAUCUCCACCAGCCUUAUUGUAUGAAAUGGCCACACCUCCACCAUCCUUUUUGGAUGAAAAGACCACAAAUCCCCAAGCAUCAACUAUUAAAAAACACACACCUCCUCAGAUUUUAACAAAUGAAAAGAUCACACUUCCACCAGCCACAUUAGAAGUAAAGGCCACACCUCCACCAGCUUUAUCAAAAGACAAGGCCACACCCACACCAGCAUCAACUGUUGAAAUGGUCACACCUCUACCAGCUUCUUCUGAUGGAAAGACAAUGCCUUCAGCAGCCUCUUCUGAUGUUAAGGCCACACCUCCACCAGGCCCGUCUGAGAAAAAGAAUAUGCCUCCAACAGAAACAACUACUGAAAAAAACAAAUUUUCACAGGCCUUAUUAGAUAAAAAGGCCACACCUCCACCAGCACCGACAAAUGAAAGGGACAUUCUUCCACCAGCAUCAACUAUUGUGAAGACCACACAUCCUCAAGUUUCAGCCAAUGAGAAAUCUCCAGCCCUCAUUAGUAUAAAUAAACCUCAAUCUUCAGACCCAGCCACAAGAAAAAAGGAAUUUAUCCUGAAGCCCUUGUAUCUUCCACAGAUCCCCUCUGUACCCGGACGUGUCUAUCUGAGCGGGGACUCUCCAUCCAGCUGGCUGGAUGUGGAACGCCCUGUUAGUAGAAAGCAGUCUAUUCCAGACCCCAAACCAAAGCUAAGCUCUUCCGUCAGUGAAACAGACCUGCUGGAAGCUUCCAGAGAAUUCGACCCAGAUGACUUUCUUGCCAAUGUAAAGAGGUUAGCAAUGCCCUUCACUAUUCCCCAACGCAAAUACAAGCAGAACCGCCUGCAAGCCCCUCCAUUCGCCAUGCCUCCCAUCAGAGAAGACCAUGAGAAACCCUUUGAUCCAGAGGAGUUCACGUUUGGCCUGAGUAGAAGGAGGGAAUUCAGUUUGAAUCCAAUCACAACUUCACUAUCCAGGAGUCAAAGCUCAGAGGUCAAGGAGGGGGAUGACAAGCGUAAAAGAAUAAACCCUGAGAGGGAGAGCAUCGUCAAGAGGUCCGUCCUCUUCAAGAGAUCUAAGACUGGGCCAGAGGAGGAAGGAGAAAAAGAUUCAAAUGAAGGUAAAACAGAGCCGGUAAAAGCCAGGUCUCGUUUGGAGAAGUCUUCCAUUCUCAGCAGUCUGCGCAACACCAAAGAAACGAGACGAAAAGAAUUUUUAAGCCUCACUGAAAGUCCUACAGAUGUGCUGUUGUCACCCAACAAUGCUUCUGAGUGUCCUUCAUCAGGGACAACACAUCAAACACUUCAGUCACCCAAACAAGACAAAGCAACUGAAGUAAAAGACAGCACAAGCUCUACUCAGACUUACAAUCAGGUUAAUGUAAAACCUGUCAAAGAUGAAGGCCCUCGAAUAACACCUGACCACAAACCAUCUUUGGCUGACCUGACGCUCACCAAGACUUUUGACCCUUCACCACCCAUGUGGGAGCAGACUGGUUUCCAGAUUAAUUUACAACCUGAAAAUAAUGGACCACUAAAGACACCUGACCCCAAAACAAGCUCAGCAGACCAUACAGCCACCACAGUAACAGACGCUGUUGCUCCUCCGCUGCUUCCCUCCUUUGACAUCAAGUUGCCUGAUUACCUGGAGAAGUUUCUGCCAAAGGAGCCUAAAACAGCUCAACCAUCCGACAGAAUCCAAUCAUCGGUAUCUAAGGGAAGUGUAUCUGUACCUGAUCUUGUGGGUUUGAACAAGGCUGUUGAUGUUCAGACAACCAACAACAACGUUCCAGAAUUUCAAACUCCUCCUGUGAACAUUCCAGUUGCUCGUGGAUUCCAUCGCCGCCCUGGAAAGAUCAUGAUAUUUCAGCAGCAUCAAUUCACUGGUCAGUCCUUUGAGUUCUACAGGGAUGUAGAUGAUGCUACACAUCUACAGCUCUCCAGUGUCAUUUCUAUUAAAGUGAUCAGGGGCUGCUGGAUACUGUAUGAGAAACCAGGAUUUGAGGGGCGAUCCAUCCCUCUAGAAGAGGAAGAGCUUGUGGAAUUACCUAAUGAAUGGGCAGAAGAGGCGGGACAAACCUCUGUUCCUUUUGUCAUUGGCUCAGUUCGGCUGGCCCUCCAAGACUAUACUCCACCCCGGAUCGAUUUGUUCUCAGAACCUGAAGGCCGGGGCAGAAUCUCAGAGUUUCUUGUUGACACAGAGGAAAUGGGUGCCUUCGGUUUGCCUCUGAACACUGGAUCCAUCAAAGUCCACAGUGGAGUAUGGAUGGUGUACAGUGAUCCAGGGUUUCAGGGUCUGUUGGCGGUGUUGAUGAUCGGAGAAUAUCCGUAUCCUGAAGACUGGGGUUUUCCAGAGGUGGGGUCACUGAGACCUCUACAUAUGGGUGGUGUGAAAGUCCAAAACCCAAACGCUGUAAAGGCUUUGUUAUAUGAGAAAGCAGGUCUUCAGGGUCGCUGUGUUGAAGUUCAGGGAGAUGUGUUCUCUUGCAAAGGGAUAGACAGGGACUCAGGGGAUCGAGACGGUCAUGGAUUGAGAUCAGUGGAGUCCCUGAAGAUUCUCAGAGGCCUGUGGGUAGGAUAUGAGCAGGAAGGUUUCGAGGGGCAGCAGUUUGUUCUGGAGGAGGGAGAAUAUUUGGACUGGAGAGAUUGGGGUGGAACGGGUCAGAAUCUUUUUUCUCUGCGGCCUGUCAUUACGGACUUCUCUUCUCCUCACAUGAAGAUGUUUAGUAAUUUUGACUUCUCCGAGCGGGGUGUGAACAUCGACCUGAUGGAGCCGCUGGAAAACCUUGCAAACACGGACUACGGUUUACAGACGCACUCCAUCGAAGUCCUGUCUGGAGCAUGGAUUGUGUUUGAGGAACCCGGGUUCUGCGGUCAGCACUAUGUUUUAGAGAAAGGUCUGUACAGCAGUCCUGAGGAUUGGGGUUCAUCCAAAAGCCGAAUUCUCUCAGUCAUGCCGAUUAUACUGGAAAAUCCGAGUUCUUCUCACUUCAAGAUUCAGAUGUUUUCAGAGCCUGAAUUCAGUGGUACAUCUGCAACACUGGAGGAUAAAAUACCCAGAAUGCCUGAGGGCUUCAUCAUGUCUUCCUGUAGAGUUCUCACUGGAAGCUGGCUGGUAUUCGAUCGUGAGAGUUUUUCAGGAUCGCAGUGUGUUGUGGAGGAGGGCGAUUAUCCCAACCUGAGGAUGCUGGGAUUCACACAACCCAACACACCAGUUCUCUCUCUCCAACCUGUUGGACAUGAGUUUUCUCUGCCAUCUAUAGUUCUGUUUGAGCGUUCUGGAUUCAAGGGUAGAAGAACUUUACUGAAGUCCAGCACAGUAAACCUUCAACUAACUGAGAGCUGCACCAGGGUUUCAUCUAUACUGGUGGAGGGUGGCAUCUGGGUUCUCUAUGAGUCUAAUAACUUCAGAGGUUCUCAGUUCCUGCUGAAGCCAGGUGAGGUUCCUGAUUGGCACAAACUUUCCAACUGGCCACGGAUUGGAUCACUCCGCCCGCUCAUUCAGAAACAAGUGCACAUUCGAUUACGGAACAAGGAGGCGGGGUUAAUGAUGUCUGUCAUCGAGUCAGUAGGAGAAUUGAUACGAAUCCAGGCAAGCGAGGAGACAGGUGGCGUGGAACAGAUCUGGAUCUAUCAGGACGGUCACUUGCUGUGCAAGGGUUUGCCCAGCUGCUUUGUGGACGUCAGUGCUGGUGUCCUGAUGGCGGGCAGCAGAGCGGUUCUGUCUUCAGAACCAGGUAAACCUUAUCAGUUGUGGAGCAUCAAGUCUGACGGUCUCAUCCGGAACAAUGCAGACCCAAACCUCGUACUGGAGGUCAAAGGAGGUCAACAUUUUGACAAAACCCAGAUUAUUCUCAAUGUAUUCCAACCAAACAAACUUAAUCAAAGAUGGUCAUUGGAGCUUCUCUGAGCUGACGACAGGGAUUUGACUUAAGCUCUUUAAAGCUCCACCAGAGGGACCAAAAGUCCUGUGAGGUAGCUGCACCAGAGGGACCACAGUCUUGUGAGGCAGCUGCACCAGAGGGACCACAGUCUUGUGAGGCAGCUGCACCAGAGGGACCACAGUCCUGUGAGGCAGCUGCACCAGAGGGACCACAGUCCUGUGAGGCAACUGCACUAUAACCUUUGGACUAUAUAAAUUGUACUAUAACCUGUGAUUAUUAUGGAAAUCUCAUUCUUUAAAGAUCUACAAACAAGACGGGCUGGAUUAUGAUCCUGUUCUUUUGGACACUGUGUCAUUUAACACGUAAAUAUGCUUGUACAUUUGCACGUUGAAGCUGCCUGACAACAUCAUGAAGACAUUUUACAGAAGCAAAAUUACUUGAACUAUCCUCCCUCAUAAAUUUUCAUAUUUUCUAUCCUGUAACUUACCUGUGUGGACAUCUGACUUGUUUUUCCUUCAGUUGUAUAAAAUUGUUUGUUUAUAAAUGAAAUGUCUGUGUUAAUUACUGGCGGCUUUGUUCAAAUUACUGAGUCGAGUGAUCACGUCUUUGCUGAUUGGUCGGUGGGGAUUCAGUCUUUGUUGAUUGGCUGUCUUGGGAAAUCAGGUGUUCUGUGUUCACUGACAG